AUUUAAGUGCCAAGUGGCGCGUAGAUUUUAUAGACUCUUAUUCUCACUUUUGUUUUGCUCUGAAAAUCGGCACUACACAGCCUGUUUCAUUUUCAUGUCAGAACGCGUCUAUGAGCCCUUCCCUCCACCCAAAACCAUCAAUGCCUCUCCGGUGCCAGCCGUGACACCAGAGCAGGAGAAGAUGCAGAAAGAAGUCCAAGCUCACUUUUCCAGAGAUGGAUAUGCCAUUCCUGGCACGGAUCAUGAAAAAGGACCGCUAAUGGAGGAGGAGAAGUUUUGGUUAUCAUACGAGUGUCAGUUGAGAUAUCUUCGCGCCACGAAAUGGAAAGUUUCUCAAGCUAUCCAGAGACUUGAAUCCACGUUAAAGUGGAGGAGGGAAUAUGGACUGUACAAUCAUAUCACUGCUGCCCAUGUUGAACCAGAGGGUCUUACUGGGAAAUCGGUUCUGUUUGGUUACGACGUCAAUGGCCGACCUGGUUAUUACAUGAUACCCAGUCGUCAAAAUACCGAGGAGAGCCCUCGUCAAAUCGAGUUUUCUGUAUGGAUGAUGGAACGCUGUAUUGAUCUCAUGGACGCGAAUGUCGAAACCCUUGAUCUUCUCAUAAACUUUGCAGAGAAAGCCAAAAACCCUUCCAUGAGCACCUCUCGGACAGUCCUUUCCAUCAUACAAGACCAUUACCCAGAGCGACUCGGAAAAGCACUUGUCAUCAACGUCCCCUUCCUCGUCACCAUGUUCUUCAAACUCAUAACACCCUUUAUUGAUUCGGUUACCGUGGAGAAGCUCAAGUUCAACGUGAACGUCGUUAAGGACGGCUUUUUCUCCCCUGACAUGGUCAUGAAAGCCUGGUGGGGAGGCAAUCAAGAUUUUGAGUAUAAACAUGAGAAAUACUGGCCUAAACUCGUGGAAAUCUGCGAAGAGAGGAAGGCUCGAUGGGUCGAAAAUUGGAGGAAGCUAGGUGGGACUGUGGGUAUUUCAGAGGCUAAAUACAAACUUGAAGAAGUCACUUCACACUCCGUGGCCUAUGAUGAAAAGACCACGGUCCCGGAGGCAGAUUCGCACCUGCCAGUUGCUCAAGCCGUCUGAGUUCAUGAUAUAUCAUAUAUAAAUAGACUAGCUAGAAGAGUCCUAGACUCCCAA